AUGCGCAUGCCCACUGUGGCCAACCAGAUCGUCGCCCGCCGUGGCUUCUCCUCGACCCGCAUGCAACUUGCCAGUCCCUACCACUACCCCGAGGGCCCUCGUAGCAACUUGCCUUUCAACCCCUUGACCAGAUUCUUCGCCGUCAGAUACUGGGGCUUCAUGGGUGAGCCUCAAUUCAGAGAGCCAUAG